AAUUCCCUUUUAGGAGGGGACAAACAAGCUCUUAGACGUCCUGUCAUCCACUUAAAACGAGGGGAAAUGUUCAUUUAAAGGAGGAAGGAACUCCUGACUCUCCUUUAGAGAAAUCAGAUCCUGCAGGUGAGUCGACCCCUCAGAGGUCAAUAUAAUAAUUACUGAGUAAAUAACUUGUUAAGAGUCUCGGUAACACGGAGACGAUCCAACAUGAUCCGGUAAAUCUAAAUCUGGUGAAGGACGCAUGACGAGGAUCAUCCCAGAUCUGACCCUGGGUAAGCAUGUUUAUUGUUCCACCUGGACCAGGAAAGGAGGGUUCGGUCAUCCAGCUCUCCUCAGGAUUAGCAACCACCGCCCAGCUCCUAUAAAUCAUCCGCACGCGCCGCCUCAGCUCAGACUUUUACGCACGCGUUCUGCUGAGAUCAGAGCGGGAAAGUUCGGCUGAGAGGAGAAAGACGAGGAGAAGAAGUCAAGAGGACCGUGUCUUUAUUCAGAUAACUGGUGUUCUGAAACAUGUUGGUGCUGAACGCGGUCCCGUUCAUGAAGCCGCUCCAUAUGCGCUCUCCGGUGCCGCAGGGCCGCCGCCACACGCUGCCGGCCAGCGAGUUCCGCUCCCUCAGCCCGGAGGACGCCAUCAGCGUGUUCGAGAUUGAGCGAGAAGCCUUCAUCUCAGUGUCCGGUGAGUGUCCUCUCCACCUGGAAGAGGUGCGUCACUUCCUCACGCUUUGUCCUGAGCUGUCUCUUGGCUGGUUCGAGGAGGGACGACUGGUGGCUUUUAUUAUCGGCUCACUGUGGGACCAGGAGAGGCUUACCUUGGACGCCUUGACCCUCCAUAAGCCUCACGGGACCACGGUCCACAUCCACGCCCUGGCCGUCCACCGCACCUUCAGGCAGCAGGGGAAAGGCUCCAUCCUGAUGUGGCGAUACCUGCAGUACCUUCACUGUCUGCCCUACGUGCGCCGAGCCGUCCUCAUGUGUGAGGACUUCCUGGUUCCCUUCUACCAGAAGUCUGGUUUCAAGGUGAGGGGCCCCAGUGAGAUCACGGUGGGGCCCCUCAGCUUCACCGAGAUGUUCCACCCAGUGUGGGGCCAUGCCUUCAUGCGUCGAAACAGUGGAUACUGAAAACAGGGGGGCUCUUU